UUUACUAGUACCAUAGUUCGAAAAUCCAGUAAGAGAUCUACCCUAGUGAGAGGACAUGCCAGUCUCAUAAGACUUAGUGACCUCUCUUUCUUUUCGGUGGUUUACGUUCAUAGCAGAAAAAAUACGGCGAACCAGUCAGUACAGGGUAACAAGGCAUUCAGAUUUAUUACGACUUGUAUAAUUCUAGGGAGUGAAAUACUUCUAUAGAAAACGUUUUAACGGUUCUGCGGAAAGAAUUUCUGUUGGAUUACGCUUUUCCUGAGCAUCGUCAAGGAAGUCGUUUCAGCGAAAAUUUAUCUGGAGUUCCCAUUACUAUCGUGGUCGAAGUUGUAGGUACUGUACAUGCGGAGCCAGUAUGGACGGGUUGCGGGAAACAAACGAUUCGUCGGAGUGGUUUACAUCACUCUGGUACUAUAAACCGGACGUCACCAUAAAACCACAAGUGCGCCGCGAAUUCUGCAUGGCGUACUGCUUAAACGCCAGUACCAAUUUACCUGACGAAAUGCGUGCAAUUAACCGUUUCCGUCUAUCCCCACGGCGUUCCAUACUGCGCAGUCGGACGGGAUCUUUCUCGUCCGUCUCGACAUCCUUGACCCGGAGGGAACCGGUAUCAUGCGGGACGGCUGCGGAUCGUGAAGAAAAUACGGCCAACACAAAGCCAUUGGCGACGAUGACGUCAGCACCACAUAUUACCGGAACAGCAGGCUUCCGCCAUUUCACAAAAGUACCUAUGUGCAUCGGGGAAAGCGGCUGGCGGUUAUUGGCUAUCUUUGGCGGGGAAAUCCAGUUGCGCUCUUCGCUUGUACUCCUCGUGAUACGAUACGAAUUAAGCGAGGCAAACCCUAUGAUGCAGGCCGUUUGGGUCAACGUGCAGAAAGCAGCUUGUUUCACCAAGACAAUCACGCGUAAUCUGUAAAAAAAAUCAAAAGAAAUGGAAGCCACGAGAAGGCUUCCAUCGCUCACGCACCGGAAAUCAAAUCGUGCAAACUUGAAGUACGUUCGACCACACUUGAAGUCCCCUUGGGAUUGUCUGCUCUUUAGCCGUAAUAAUAAUAAUAAAGUAUAAUGUGUGCAGUGUGCAAACUUCUAUGGAUGUAUUCAUAUAUUCUGCACAGCAGAUGUUUUAUUUUUGAAUGCCGCUGCACUACAUCACCGCCCCUAGCAUCAUAUCUGAGCUACAGACAAGUCGCUAAUCUGGAAGAUACUGUAACGGUCAUUAAUCACAUAGACGUUCAAGUAAUUUUUAAUGUAUGUGUGUAAAUGUUCGUGAA